UCACCAUCGCUCGGCGGGGAAGUGGGAGGCGGCCUAGGAAGGGGAGGAAGAGGAGGAAGAGGAGGAAGGCUGCGUCGGGAGCUCUGCCAGCUGGACGCGUGGCCGCGGCACGGCUCGCCGGAGGGGAGAGACCUAGUACCUCUUGCUGCUGUGGUCUUGGUAAUGUUAGACUGAUGGAAUCAUGCCUCCAGCUGAAGACCGUUCAUGUUUGUUGAUGGGAAUAAGGUACCUCAGAACUGAAUUAUUCUUAAUACAGUGGCCCUACUGGAUGAAAAGAAAAUAAUCUUCUGUUUUCCAAAUGCCCAAGUUUGUUCUUUGCAACAACAUGUUUUACUGUGGAAAAAUGAAAGAAGGAUCUUUCUGGACACUUUAAAGAUAGCUGGUGGACUUAGCAAAAUGCUUUGUUUGAGGAAGGUUUGCUUGUUUCCACUGAGACGUUACCAAGCUCGAACUCUGAGUAAUGAUCUGCUUUUGAGCCAGAUAAAUAACUGCACCCAUGAAGAUGAAGUGUUCAGUCUUGUUGGAAGGAACAAGGCCAGGCUUUCUGAAAAACAUGUGGGAAUUGCGCUGAAUGUGCUGUGGCAAUUGCAAAAGAAGAAGCCCCUUCUAUUAAGGACUAGUGACUAUGUAAGAAAUCACUCCCAGUUUCUUGCUCUUUGCAUUUUAGCAGAAAACAAGGUACAACACAUGGAAGAUGAGGUGAUAGUGGACACCCUGUACAGUAUUCAGAGGCUCAAUGUUGAAGACCAUGAUUCUCUAGCAGAAGUGCUUGUUACAGAAGCAUGGAAAAGAUUAGAAAGACUUAGUUUACCAGCUCUAUCGAAAUUUGCACUGUGUUUAUACAAGCAGCGCAGACAGUUUAGUCCCCUAAUUGGCAAAAUAGCUCAUAUUGUGGACAUGAAACUGGAUUCUAUAGAGGAUAUAAGGAUUUUGUCAGUUUUGAUGAUCAGCAUAUCUGAUGUUAUCUCACAGAGUUUUCGAGAUCGAUUGCUACAGAAGGCUGAACAGCUCUUAGGAGAAGAGGAUGAAGUCUACUUCAAUUACGCCAAAAGAGUAACACAGUUUCUUCAAAAUGUUAAACUGACGUACUAUCCAUUGCUAGAAAAAUGUAAUAAGAUUUUCCUUAAAAGUGCCUCCCGGCUUGAUUUACACAAUAUUAGUAUUAUUUUUGGAGUGUAUGAGCAGCUGGGUUUUGACAGUGCUGAAUUCAGCUUGGUUGCUAAACAGCUGCUGUCUGAAUCGAUAGAUGAUUAUCAUGAUCCUGAAACCUUUGCAAAAUUAUUUUUUAUUCUUGGGCCUAUGGCCGGAUCCAAGGUGAGAGAAAGGUUGCUAGUAACUGCAGUGCACGUGGCAGAAGGAUUUAGCAGUCAUCAGGUGUUGUUGAUACUAAAGACCAUGCAGAAAAUGAGAUGUAGAAAUUCUCAUCUACUCAAAAAAAUGGUUUCUGUUCUGCACAAACACUUGGAUAGCUAUCAUGUAUUACAGUUGAUAAAGUUAACACAGUAUUUGAUGUUGUUGCGUUGCCACGAUCAGGAGCUGUUUGCCAAACUAAAAAUGUUGCUAUUUGGCUUUUUAAAGUCUAGUGUCAUACCUGCUGAUACCGCUGCAAUAAUUCGUGUUCUGGCCUUGCUUCCUUCGUCUCAAGUAGAAGAAAUCAUUGUAAACAAGGCAACAGCAAUUCUACCUCAGUGCAGUCUCCAUCAUUUGAAUUAUAUUGCUACAGCACUUGUCAAAUGGAAUCACUAUGACCAGUUGCACUGGCAAAACACUUCAGAGCUAUGUGUAAAGCUUCUGCAGAAAAUAAAUGACUGUGGAUUUCAGAGGCUUCACAAAGCUGGGAACUUAAAUCUUCUGUUGGAAGAACUCACACAUGUGAAUGGAGAGUGGUUUCAGGAGGUUAUCAGGGGGGAAACUGUGGCCACAUGUCAGCGCUUGAUAGACCAAAUAACAUGGGCAAAUGUAUUACACUUGUCUUUUUUUCUCAUAAAAACAAACCACCGCUGUCCUUCAUUACUUGACAGAAUAGCAUCUGUGACUGUUGAAAAUACAGACAAGAUCCACCCCUUUGAAUUGUAUUUUAUUCUCUGCCUUUUCUCUAUUCUGAACUAUGAUCCACCUGGCAAUGAAGAGUUCUUUGAGAGUUGUAUCCAACAUCUUACUUCUAACUUGAGUUGUUUUGAAACUCACCACUUGGUGCUGCUUGGUCAUGUUUUGGCAGUGGCUGGUUAUUUUCCUCCAACUCUGAUAAAGACAAUAUUUAAUGUUUCUUUCCUAAGCAAAUUGGAUGCUCAACUUGAAGUGCUGUCUGAUACCUUAAAGCAGAGGGUCCGCUCACGCCUUAUGAAACUGAACAGAGCAGUCUGUCUGGAAUGCCCAGAGUUUCACAUCCCUUGGUUUCAUGAGCACUAUUGCCAUCAUAUCUUUUAUACAGGUAGGAGCCGAAUAAAUCCACUGCGACAGCACGUUCACAAAAUGCUGGCAGAGAUCUUAGGAGGGAGCCAUUAUACAAGAGUGUCUGUUCUCACACCAUACUACUAUGAAAUAGAUUUUGAGUGCGUUCUGGAUAAAAAUAAAAAGCCUCUUUCCUAUAUGGCUCAGAAUAUGCUUCUGGGUGCUUUGGAGGGAAUACACUGGAGACGUGACAUCAAGGUUGAAGGGAGAAAGGCUCUGCCACCAGGGGCUCAGAGAAUUGCUUUGGAACUUCUUGAUUCAAAAGCUUUUAUCAAAGAUUCACAUCACCUGAAAGGAGAAGCUGCAGUGAAAAAACGACACCUGGAAAUGCUGGGGUACCGGGUCAUUCAGAUUCCUCACUUUGAAUGGAAUUCUAUGGUUUUGUCUACAAAAGGUGAACAGCUAGAGUAUCUGAGAAGGUGUCUAUAUGAAACACAGUGAUGUCGAAGACAUAAUAAAAAGUAUUUUUUAUACAAACA